AUGCAGGUAUUGGUGCUCUUUCAGUAUGUCUUUUGCUUGGAGGGUGUUGUGACACUGAGGUCGGAUGUUAAGCCAGUGUUAGUGAAAAGUGUUCACUAUUGUCCGGCAACUAAAAAACUACAUGAACAUAUUCACACUGACUUCCUAUCCACCUCAUUUGCCUUCGAUUCUGCUACUUCCGACUGUACUUACCCGAUUAGAGACAAUGAGGGCAAUCUCUUGGAGACUGAGUUUGGGAUCUCAGUCUUCAAAGAUCGGCAGACCCUUAUCAUUCGACAAUCAACUGAGACAAGCCCAGCCGGGGAACCAGGUUAA